CCAUUUUGAUAACAUUUAGAAAUAGCAAAAAGUUGACUUGGAAUAGAUAACUAAAAGCCAACAAAAAGCUGAGCUGGCCACUUGGGAUAUAUUCUCUUUAAGAUCGCAUGCGCAGAUGAGAAAGAUCAAGUGCUUAUGUUUAAGUAUUUAGGAAACUCGGGAAAAUUUAUAUCUUGCAUUUACUUAUUAAAAUCAUCAAAAUAAUUAACAACAAAUAAUAAUUAGCUACACGAAGAGUUCAUAAUCAGUUAUAUACAAUUUUUAUACUUAUCAAUUUACAGUUCAAGUAAAGUGUUAGUUAUUGAAUAGAUAUUAAAUGGCAGCUGAAGUGCAAGAUAAGGUUCAAAAACUAAAAGAAAAUGGAAAUAAUUGUGUUCGUCAACAAAAAUAUCCUGAAGCAAUGUUUCAUUACACACAUGCAAUUAAAAUCGAUCCUAAUAAUUAUUCUCUAUACAGCAAUCGAUCUUUUGUAUUUCUAAAACUGCAACAGUAUCAUUUUGCAAUGGAGGAUGCUAUAAUGACCAUAAAAUUGAAGCCUGAUUGGACCAAGGGCUAUUAUCGCAAAGCAGAAGUUGAGUUUCAAACAUUCAGGUUUCGUGAUGCCUUACAAUCAUAUAGACAAGCGCUAAAUUUACAACCAAAUGAUCCAGAUAUUCUGGAGGCCAUUAAUAAAGCAUCUAGAUCAUUAAUUAAAGACCAAAGAGCUGAUCAACAAAUUCCAUGGCUUGGAGCUGGUAUUGGAAUUAUUUUAGGUGUAAUUGUUGUAAUUGCUGAUUAUGUAUUUACUAAUAAACCAACAUUAACUCAUCCACUUUUGAUGGCACUAUUGACAAUAUCAAUAGCAAUGAUUGGGUUCGGAAUAGCCAAAGGAUUUCGUUGUUUUGUUAAAUCUCAACGUAAGUCAUUACUUGAACCGCCGUUUGAUUUGAUGGAUGAAAAUAAUACAAAGCAAGAUGGUGACAAAAAUACUGAUGAUGCUGAUCGGCAAAAUGAUAAGCAUCCAAAGUAUAGCAAAGCUCAAGCACGUCAACGUUUUAAGAAAGGUUUUGCUGAAAAAUGUGAACCAUGGCGUUUAAAAAGUUGCUAUUUACCCAUGAAAAUUGGAGGUAAACCAGCCUGGAUGGAUUUAAAAAACAUACCAAGUGCUAAAGAUGUUCUAUGUGAAAUUUGUAGUGAACCGUGUAUAUUUUUAUGCCAAAUAUAUGCACCGGAUGAACAAAAUGAUGAAGCUUUUCAUCGUAGUUUAUUUUUAUUCAUUUGUAGAAAAACUCAGUGCUGCAAGCAAAAUAGUAAUAAAAAUUUAAAAAUAUUUAGAUCUCAGUUGCCACGUGACAAUGAAUAUUAUCCAGCUGAACCUGUUGACUUUGAUGAAAAAAAUCCUCAUGACAAUUUAGAAGCUUCCUAUUGGAUAAAAGUAUGCAGAGUUUGUAACAUUAAAUCACCUAGUCACUGCAAAAAAUGUCAAAAAGUAAAUUACUGUUGCCGACAACAUCAAAUUCUUGAUUGGGAAGCUGGACACAAAAAAGUAUGUGCUAAAUUAGCCGAUGAUGAAAAAAUUGAAUUACCCGAUGAGACUUACGAGAGAUUUUUAUUUCCUGAGUAUGAGAUUGAUUAUGAUGAUGAGUGUCUGGCUGAUGAUAACGAUGACGAUGAUGAUGAUAAUGAAAAAAUAGAGCUGGAUAAAUUUAAUAAGAUGGUGGAAGAAGGAUCUGCUGGUAGCUUACAACAUAUCAAAGAGAACGACUUGAUAGAAAUGGUUAAGGCUGAUGAUGAUGAAGUAUUUAUGAAAUUUAAAGAAAAAAUUAAAAAUAAUCCUGAUCAAAUCUUAAGAUACCAUCGUGGAGGACAACCACUAUAUAUAUCCAAGGACAAUAAAGCGAAAGAAAUUCCAGCUUGUGAAAAUUGUAAUGGAGAACGUACAUUCGAAUUUCAAUUAAUGCCGCAGUUAUUAAAUUAUUUAAAUUGUAAUGACAUUGGUAGCAUAGAUUGGGGAGUGCUGACUAUUUUUACUUGUAAAAAUUCAUGUAGUAUAGUGGGGUACCAGCCGGAAUUUAUUUGGAAGCAAGAUAUUAUUGAAACGGUCUAAUUAUGUGUAAGCAGCUAUUUAAUAAACAUUCAUCGCUUGGAAAAUUUACUGGUUAUAAUUUUAAUAGGGGUUAUCAGAUAUUUUCGGCUGUUUUUCUUGGAAACAAGAUCUCUAUAUACAAACUGCAGACUGCACAUUGAUGCACUACUGUCUAAUCUAGCGAAUUGGACGAGUUACCAUAGUAAAAUUUCGAAUUAAAAAAAAAAAGUUUUAUUUAAUUAUUCAUAAUUAAGCAAACCUUUUAUUCAUGAUCUUACCUAAAAAAAAUUGUUUUUCUCUAUGCGCAGAACGAUUUAAAAAAUAAAAGCCAAAUUCCAAGUAACGGAGUAAAUUCAAAUUAAAAAUUAAUUUCUGAUUUUUUAGUGCAAAAAUUGAAUACUUGCAUUAUAUCGAACUUGAAAUGUUUUAAAAAUCAUAAAUGAGACCAUGGCUAAUUAUUAUGUAGUUUAUAUCAUUAUUUACGAUGUAUAUAUUUUUUAAUUAAAAACUUUAAAGUUAGUUUUUAAAAGUUGUUGUGAAAAUAUAAAAAUUCUGGUUACACUAAUAUAUA